CCGGUAGGGGAGCUUCUUUACGGGAGCAGGCUGCCCUGGGAAUUAGCCUUCUUUCUCCCCAUAUUUAAACUUUUAGACAUUAAUGAAAAUGUACAGAAGCACAAAUGCGGGCUGACAGUCCUCUCUACAGCUGUGAAGACAGGGGCGGAAUCUCCUGGUCGCCGCUCCACCUAGUGGCCGCGUCCAUUUUUGCGCCGGAUGGUCCGAUAUAAGGGGUUGGGAGCAGUGCCUACUUCAGGGAUCGCAAAGCGUGGCGGCCCCAUGGCCCCGCUGGGAGGCGCCCCGCGGCUGGUGCUCCUCUUCAGCGGGAAGAGGAAAUCCGGGAAGGACUUCGUGACCGAGGCGCUGCAGAGCAGACUCGGAGCUGAUGUCUGUGCCAUCCUCCGGCUCUCGGGUCCACUCAAGGAGCAGUAUGCUCAGGCCACCUCCUCAGACCGUGUUCAAGAAAGUGUGUCCAGGAAAGGCUGUGGACGUGAGUUGGCAGCUCUCUUGCUGUGUUAUUCGCACAUAAAGGAACAUGGCUUGAACUUCCAGAGACUCCUGGAUGCCAGCACCUACAAGGAGGCCUAUCGGAGGGACAUGAUCCGCUGGGGCGAGGAGAAGCGCCAGGCUGACCCCGGCUUCUUCUGCAGGAAGAUCGUGGAGGGCGUCUCCCAGCCGGUCUGGCUCGUGAGUGACACACGGAGGGUGUCUGACAUCCAAUGGUUUCAGGAGGCCUACGGGGCUAUGAUGCAGACCGUCCGAGUGGUGGCCUUGGAGCAGAGCCGACAGCAGCGGGGCUGGGUGUUCACUCCAGGGGUGGAUGACGCCGAGUCAGAAUGUGGCCUGGACAACUUCGGGGGCUUCGACUGGGUCAUCGAGAACCACGGAGAUGAGCAGCGCCUGGAGGAGCAGUUGGAGAACCUGAUAGAAUUUAUUCACUCCAGACUUUAGUGGUCAGGCGCUAGGCGUGAGCCAGGGGUUGCCUGGGUGAGGGGGAGGCUGACAACGUUGGACAUGUGGUUGCUGAUGCUGGCCGAGAUGGGGAGGCAGACAGAGGGCCUGGGUCUAGAUUUCUGGGGGGGGCUGGCAGAUGUCAGACGAGUCAAGAAACCCUGUGGGGACCUCAUUUCUUUAUGGAGGGGACAGCCCUACCUCUUUAGGAAGAGGCUUAGAGGGCAAGAGGGGUGAAUUGGCUGUGCUUGAAGCAGGAUCAUCACCAUCUCCAGAGGUGCCAGGCCCGUCGGUCUGCAGUGGCCUUGCUUCCCCAUCCGCAUGCUCUCAGCUCCUUGUUCUGGGCAAGAGCCUGAGGCUCCCCAGUGUGGAAACUAAUAAACCUCCUUGGAGCACA